AUGGCAGAGAACGAAGCACAUACAACGUCUAUGAUGCUCGAAUCGCUAUCGAGAAUCAUCAAAGAGCAAGAAUUGGCUAGACAGAGCUUAAAUGCACGUAUCGAGAGUCUGGCGAUUGGACCACUCAGGUUGUAUGGGCCAAUUUGCAACAAAAUCAACACAUACGCCAAAAUGCAAAGAGCAGCUUUGGACAACGAACGUAAAAAGCGAGAGCUACUAGAUAAUGCUAUCCUUAAAGACGGUGGUGACCAAGAAACUCGAGUGAGAAUUAAUCAAAGCCAGAUGGACUUGGCAGGGGCAUCACGAGCAGCGAUGAAUAGCACAACUACUCUUCAUGACUCUGUUCUGACUUUUGAGCAACGUCGACGAAACGACCUCAAGAAUGUGCUCAGUGAGAUUGUGUGGAGCGAGAUGCAGUUUCAUGCCAAGUCAUUAGAGCUUCUGACAGAGGCACACCAAGUCAUACAUGCAACAAGCUUUGACAAGGAUAUUCAAGUAGGUGAUAUAAUAUUUGCUUUACUGAAUUAA